AUGUUGUGGAGCCGGCCCGGUGUCGCGAGAACAGUAUCACGUGCAUCUUAUAUAAGCCAAUCUAUUCUCGGACCCAAGUCCACGACUGUCCUCCCUUUGACUCUUUCCUCUCAUUCAGAAUGCAUCCUCUACUAUGUUUCAUAUUAUUCAAACAUGGACAAUGCUUCAAAGCAAUGGGUGAUCUUUGAGAUUGCCCAUCAUAGGGCUUUGAUUCGCCAGGCUAAAGUUGCCCGUGGUUACAGACGUGGACACCUUUACCCUCUUCCCAAACAUCAAGCUUCUACUCAAAGCAUCAGUGACUCAAGAUCCCUAGACAAGAUGCCCAAGCUCAUCGAAAUCCGCGACCUGGUCAAGACCGGCCUACGUGGACUUUCCUUCCGUCGUCGAGAGUCUUCACCCUCCCACAGGCAACGACGGCUGGGAUUCAGGAAGCUGUUUGGAUCGAGGACCUCCCAGAGGAAUGAAGCCCUUUACGACGACGACGGUGGUGUCUCCGGAGUGCCACGGGGGGAUGAUAUCCCAACUCUGAGUAUCGAUGUCGAGACCGAUGAAGAGUCGCUCGUUGGCACCUUUGGGCUCGAGGCCAUCAGCCCGUCAAAUGUGAUGGUUUAUGCAGGCGAUAUCGGAGGGCCCGAGUCUUCUUUCUCAUCGCGCCCUGGAGGGUUGUUGGGUUACCCUAUCCCGCUUCCGCAUGUCGACGAUGAAAGAUUCCCCAUCGACAUCGAGUCAGUUUGCGGCGACAGUAACCACGCUGGUGCUUCAACCUUUGACGGGUCCUUCGACGGAGAGCGCGUUGUACCUGCUGGGUCGACUUUGUUCGAUACCCAUGUUGUCUCUCCAGUUCCUGUUCGAUCGUCGGGAUGGACUAUCCCUCUUCCGGAUGUCGAUGACGAACCCUACGCUUCAAGUCAUGAGAAUCGACAAUACAUUCGGACAGACAUCGUUCAUGGUAACGCUGACAUCUCUGACCCUUUGAGACUGCGGGUCAAUGACCCAGCGAUCUCCUCAGGGGAUGCGUCUUUGCCCAUCUCGUCUCUGGUGGAAGAUGGAUCCCAUGGCUUGGACCCGGGUGACGAUCCUAGGGAACAAUGGACUUCACCGAAUGAUCCCAGCUUUUGGCCCCUUCCGACCGAAAUACUCCAAAUCUGCGAUACUCGUCCACAUAUUUCCGGCUGCCCGUGGCGUGAUCUCGAGCUGGGCAACCGAUGGUCGAACCAGACCACGCUCUCUCUCCUCUGCCCUCUCCUCGUCCAACAAGCCCGCCGACUCCUCCUUCAUGGAAAAUCCACCCUUGUCGACGUUACAUUUGGCCAACUGUACGAGGAUCCAGCACAACUACCGCCCAUCCGGCGGGGGGCUUCCUUGAUAAAGCUUGACCAUCUCGAAUCGCUGUCGAUCACGUCUUCCACACAUUUAGGCUUUCUCUUUGACAAGACGGUAGUACGAUUACCGAAGCUGAAGCGCCUCUCUCUGACAUCCCAUCGCGGUCGUUCUGGUUUGAGCGCACCUGCGGUGCUCGACCAUGCUCUCGACGUCCCUUGGGGCAACCUCAAGCGCCUGUCGCUUGCCAAUGAAUCAUCCUCUCCCUGCGAUAUCCUGCUCAUCCUUUCCAAGUGCGACAACUUGCGACAGUUCUGCUGGUCCGAUGACAUGGAGCACUUCCCGGCCUCAGGACGUCUUCCCGCGUCGAAGCUUUUCCACCUCGAAGAAUUGAACAUAAGUUCUUCUUCCGAGGGAUGCGAUGCUCUCAUGAAUUGCUUCCCCAAAGAAACUGUGCUGAACCUUAGGAAGGGGUCUUUCACCUCCCUUCCGUUGACACUCCAGCAAUCGGGCGACCUGGCUCAAUCCCAGCUGACCCAUAUCGCCGUGCAAGACGCUAUUCCUCUGGAAAAUCUUCUUGUCAUCCUCAAGGGACUGAAAAGCCUACAGGAUGGAAAGUUCGCGAUCAGCGAUCUUCAGUCCCUCAAUGUCGCGAGUUCGUAUUCGCACCUCCAAUGCAGGAGUCUCCGCAGCUUGGAGUUGUCGACCACCAGAAGCUUACGGCCACUUUGGAGUCGCAUCGUCAGUCGGGACAUCAGCACCAUUGUUCUCUCUACCCGGAAUCAUCACCUCAACCUCGCGGAAGACAUUCAACCAUUUUUGUUGUAUUGCGAUAAGGCCUAUAACUCGACCCACACACCUGAUUAUUGGACGUACACCUGGAAUUUCUUGUCCUAA